AUGCCGGCAUACAAGAACUCCAUGGAUAAGGGCGUCUCCACCUGUCAUGAUCUCCUACAUCAGCUGGAACGGGCUCAAGAUGCAUGUCAACGAAGACCUUGUCCCUGGAUACCUCAAGAGCACGCUCAAAUUACAGGGCUUCAGACUGGGAGGUCAUUGACAGGGUCACCACCCCUGCAUGAUCUGACUACACACUCGGUCAAGGCUUCUAUUCUUGUCGGCCUUGACAUGCUCAUGGCGCCUAACAACUACCAGCAGUUUAUCAACAUCAUGAUUGGUCAUGUCAACAGUAACGUGAUCCCCAUGAGCAAGAUCGACGACGCCAUCACCUAG